AUGUCAGAAGCUACCGAACCAACCAAGGAGAAGCCCGUCAAGCAGGAUGAGGACGACGAUGAGGAUGAGGACAUUGACGCUCUGAUCGAUGAGCUGCAAUCUCAUCACGGCGAUGUGGAGGACGACGAAUCCGACACAGAACACGCCGCAGGCGAGGCGCGUCCCGUGCCCGAAGAAUUGCUACAGACCGACCCCUCGUACGGUUUGACCUCGGACGAGGUGACCCGUCGUAGAAAGAAGUACGGUCUCAACCAGAUGGCCGAGGAAAACGAAAGUUUGGUGAUCAAGUUUUUGAUGUUUUUCAUCGGUCCUAUCCAAUUCGUUAUGGAAGCCGCCGCCAUUUUGGCCGCCGGUUUGGAAGAUUGGGUCGAUUUCGGUGUCAUUUUGGGUUUGCUUAUGCUGAACGCAACGGUCGGUUUCGUGCAGGAAUACCAGGCCGGUUCCAUCGUGGACGAACUGAAGAAGUCUUUGGCCAACACCGCGGUGGUGAUCAGGGACGGAAACUUGAGCGAGGUGCCUGCGAACGAGAUCGUGCCAGGUGACAUCAUGCAACUGGAAGACGGUGUCGUGAUCUGUGCCGACGGCCGUCUUGUGACCGAGGGCUGUUUCUUGCAGAUCGACCAGUCUGCCAUCACCGGUGAGUCUCUUGCCGUCGACAAGCACUUUGGCGACACCACUUUCUCUUCUUCUACCGUCAAGCGUGGUGAAGGUUUCAUGAUCGUCACCUCCACCGGUGACAACACUUUCGUCGGUCGCGCCGCCGCUUUGGUCAACCAGGCCUCCGGUGACACCGGUCACUUUACCGAGGUGUUGAACGGUAUCGGUACGAUUCUGUUGGUUUUGGUCAUUGUCACUCUGUUGCUCGUCUGGGUUGCUUGUUUCUACAGAACCGACAAGAUUGUUCGUAUCUUGAGAUACACGCUGGGUAUCACCAUUAUCGGUGUUCCAGUCGGUUUGCCAGCUGUCGUCACUACCACCAUGGCUGUCGGUGCCGCUUACUUGGCCAAGAAACAAGCCAUUGUCCAAAAGUUGUCUGCCAUUGAAUCCCUUGCUGGUGUCGAGAUCUUGUGUUCCGACAAGACCGGUACCUUGACCAAGAACAAGUUGUCGCUGCACGAGCCUUACACCGUUGAGGGUGUCGAACCAGAUGACUUGAUGUUGACUGCUUGUUUGGCUGCUUCCAGAAAGAAGAAGGGUCUAGACGCUAUCGACAAGGCUUUCUUGAAGUCUUUGGCCCAAUACCCAAGAGCCAAGGCCGUCUUGACCAAGUACAAGGUUUUGGAAUUCCACCCAUUCGACCCUGUCUCCAAGAAGGUUACCGCUGUUGUUGAAUCCCCAGAAGGUGAGAGAAUCGUCUGUGUCAAGGGUGCUCCAUUGUUUGUGCUCAAGACUGUCGAAGAGGAUCACCCUAUUCCAGAAGACGUCCACGAAAACUACGAAAACAAGGUUGCCGAAUUGGCCUCUCGUGGGUUCCGUGCCCUUGGUGUUGCCAGAAAGAGAGGUGAAGGUCACUGGGAAAUCCUGGGUGUUAUGCCAUGUAUGGACCCUCCAAGAGACGACACUGCUCAAACCGUCAACGAAGCUAGACGCCUAGGUUUGAGAGUCAAGAUGCUGACCGGUGAUGCCGUUGGUAUCGCUAAGGAAACUUGUCGUCAAUUGGGUUUGGGUACCAACAUUUACAACGCUGAAAGACUAGGUCUAGGUGGCGGUGGUGACAUGCCAGGUUCUGAAUUGGCGGACUUUGUUGAGAACGCCGACGGUUUCGCUGAAGUUUUCCCCCAACACAAGUACGCUGUCGUCAACAUCUUGCAACAAAGAGGUUACUUGGUUGCCAUGACCGGUGACGGUGUCAACGAUGCCCCAUCUCUGAAGAAGGCCGACACUGGUAUUGCCGUCGAAGGUGCUACUGAUGCUGCCCGUUCUGCUGCCGAUAUCGUUUUCUUGGCUCCUGGUUUGUCUGCUAUCAUUGAUGCUUUGAAGACUUCCAGACAGAUUUUCCACAGAAUGUACGCUUACGUUGUCUACCGUAUUGCUCUGUCUCUUCACUUGGAAAUCUUCUUGGGUCUAUGGAUUGCUAUCUUGAACAACUCUUUGGACAUUGACUUGAUUGUUUUCAUUGCUAUUUUCGCCGAUGUGGCCACUUUGGCCAUUGCUUACGACAAUGCUCCUUUCGACCAAAAGCCUGUUAAAUGGAACUUGCCAAGACUAUGGGGUAUGUCCAUUAUCAUGGGUGUCAUUUUGGCCGUUGGUACUUGGAUUACUUUGACCACUAUGUUCUUGCCAAAGGGUGGUAUCAUCCAAAACUUUGGUUCCAUCGACGGUGUGUUGUUCUUGCAAAUCUCUUUGACUGAGAACUGGUUGAUUUUCAUCACCAGAGCCGUUGGUCCUUUCUGGUCUUCCAUCCCAUCUUGGCAAUUGGCUGGUGCCGUCUUCAUUGUCGACAUCAUUGCCACCAUGUUUACUUUGUUCGGCUGGUGGUCUCAAAACUGGAACGACAUCGUUACUGUCGUUCGUGUCUGGAUUUUCUCCUUUGGUGUUUUCUGUGUUCUAGGUGGUGCUUACUACAUGAUGUCCAUGUCUGAAUCUUUCGACAGAUUGAUGAACGGUAAGCCACUAAAGGAACAACCACCUUCCAGAUCCGUCGAGGACUUUUUGGUUGCCAUGCAAAGAGUCUCGACCCAACACGAAAAAUCCCAUUAA